UAAACCUUAUUACAUUAGGCAGUAUUGGGAUGAAGCAGUUUUUCUCACCCCACUGGAUGUUGCAAAUAGGUUAUAGUCCUUAACACACAGGCUUCCCCUUUAAGCCUGGGACCAGUCUCCUCAGUUCAAGUCUUUGUCUUCCCAGUGUUCUUGUUGCUUCCAGCGUAGGUGGGGGAGGCGAAAGGCCAAGGCAUGAUGCCGCUGUCCCCUAUUUUAUAUCCUCAGUCCCUGUGCCUGGAAAACAUUAGCCCAGGUGGGCUUUGCUGAGUCAUGGAGUUGAGCAAUCCCCCAUUGUGUGAUUCUUGUGCAGCCCUCUUACUGUACUCGUAUUGUAAAUCCCUUGUUUACAACUCCCCUGCUGUUUAAUGGUCACUUAACACCCUCCUGGGUGGGGAUCACCUCCUCUGUUGUCACUAGAGAACUAGUAACAACCAUACAGCAAAAUCUCACAACUUCAUACACACAAAUGGCAUACAUAUUUGGACAGAACAAUGGGUUUCUGCAGAUCAUGACCUUUCAUAUGAUUCCUUACAUGGCAUGUGCUGUAUGAAAUAGAUCAUAAUUAUAUGAUGGGGUGAAUAUGGGGGGGUCCAGGGUGCUGCUUUGAGGUACAGAGUGUCAUGACCUCCUACUGCUGUGCCGCCACCCACCCAGAAAUGCGCUGUUGUGGCUCUGAGGCUGUGAUCCAGCCAGCCAAUUGAAUGCAGCUCCAUGCAGGGGCCGCAAUGGUUUGGGUGGGAGGGUGCUGUUGUGGGGUGGCUUUGCAGGCAGCUGCAGGGGGGUUGUUUGUGAACAUGUGAUCAGGCCGGGAGGUGAUAGAUGGGGGGCCGUCCCCUCAUUCUCAGGGGCACCACUGACUCCUCUCAUUCAUCUCCCAGAACUUCGAUGCCGAGCUCUGCAGCGUGGUCUCGGAUUCGGUCUGGGAGUCGCGGGAGAAGCAGCAGCAGAUUCUGCAGAUGGCGAUGGUGGAGCACUUGUACCAGCAGGGCAUGCUGAGUGUGGCGGAGGAGCUGUCCCAGGAGUCCACCCUGAAUGUGGACUUGGACUUCAAGCAGCCGUUCUUGGAGCUGAACAGGAUCCUGGAAGCGCUGCACGAGCAGGACCUGCGUCCUGCUCUGGACUGGGCAAUCUCAAACAGGCAGCGUCUGCUGGAGCUGAACAGCUCCCUGGAAUUCAAGCUGCAUCGUCUCCACUUCAUCCGGCUCCUGGCUGGCGGCCCUGACAAGCAGCUGGAGGCCCUGAGCUACGCUCGCCACUUCCAGCCCUUUGCCCGCCUGCACCAGCGAGAGAUCCAGGUCAUGAUGGGCAGCCUGGUGUACCUGCCCCUGGGCAUUGAGAACUCCCCGUACUGCCACCUGCUGGAUGCCCGGCACUGGACAGAGAUCUGCGAGACCUUCACCCGCGACGCCUGUGCCCUGCUGGGGCUCUCGGUGGAAUCCCCUCUCAGUGUCAGCUUCGCGUCUGGAUGUGUGGCGCUGCCCGUGCUGAUGAACAUCAAGGCGGUGAUUGAGCAGAGACAGUGCACGGGUGUCUGGAGCCACAAGGAUGAGCUGCCUAUUGAAAUUGAGCUGGGCAUGAAGUGCUGGUACCACUCAGUGUUCGCCUGCCCCAUCCUUCGCCAGCAGACGACUGACUCCAAUCCGCCUAUCAAACUCAUCUGCGGGCACGUCAUCUCCCGGGACGCACUCAACAAGCUCAUCAAUGGGGGGAAGCUGAAGUGUCCCUACUGCCCCAUGGAGCAGAACCCGGCUGAUGGGAAGCGCAUCAUCUUCUGACGCUGGUGGGAUUGGAAGGGCUGUGGCAAUAGGUCACUGCUCUUCCCCUUAGAUGGCCUGUCCCACCCUCGCAGUGCGAGAGGCGGUGGUGCUGCCCACAGCAGGGCGUGGGCUGCCUGUUAGGCUGAGGGUCUGAGAGCAGCUCUGUCCACUGCAGCCCCAUUGGGGUCCCUUCCUUCUGCUGAACCUAGUGCAAGGUCCAGAGCAGUGGGACCUGAGCCUGACCACCCUUGGAGAAUGGACAGAGCAGCAGUGUGAUGUGCUUGCUGCUGUGAGCUCCGGGAGGCUGUGCUGCCUCCGUGUGUGCUCUCCUAGUGAUCUGGCUUAUGCUGCCCUGCUCACUCUGCGCUCCCACUCUGUCCGGAGUGCUGGGUAGCUGUCUGCUCAGUAAUAGGGGGAGCCCCUCCUGGCCUCGAGCGUGGCUACUGGAGCGUUCCUAGCCCUCUGCCAGGGCAGUGCCCAUGCUGUACAGUCCCUUGUGCAUUUACUGAUAUUUUUUGCAUUGUAAAUAUUAAAGCGGGAGCUGCCUGGAGCCAUUUUAUAAAUUCCAGAAAAUAAAGCCUGUUAGCCUUUCCUCCUUGCUCUCGGAGCUCCUGGGGCAGCAGGGAAGGGCCUCCUGGCGCAGGAGGCAGUGUCAGAUGUAACCAUACAGAAAUGUUCUAGUGCCCUGUGUAGCUGCAGCCUGAGUGUGCCCUCGCUUGGGCUCCUCUGAUUCUGCUCCAGAGGCAGUCUCCAAGGCUGCAGAGUGUACAGAAGUGGGGCAUGAUGGCUACACCUGGCGGAUUUAGUCUAGAGCUCAGGGUGCUGGGGCUGUUCUGGGGGCAAGGCUGGCCUGGCCAGCAGCGACUGGGCUGUGAGCCUGGUGUGGACUCUGCAGUAGCUCUGCAGCCCUGUCUCCCAUCACCCAUCGCUGGCAGUGAUGGCUGGAGUCCAGUAGUGGUGGGGGUCCAGCCUGUACAUCCAGGAUAGCUGCCAGUACCUGCUGCUAAGAGCAGAGCAAUUGGUUGCUCAUCCUUGUUUGUUUGCCCCCGUGGCUGUCUGAAGCGCUUCCAGGCACACGGAGCAGCUCCCGGCUGCUCUAGGGUACGAGGUGCCCGAUAGCUGGUCAGUACCUCACCCCUGGGCUCAGCAGCCCUCAGGGAGGGAAUCUGUUGCCCUUUGGGCCCAGCUGAAUGAGAGGCUGGGGUGGGUCAUAACUCGUUGUCAUUCUAGGCUGCCCCCAGCCCCAGCCAGCACAGCAGUGGGGCACAGCGGGGUGGUGGAAGGAAAGGGUGGAGGGUUUUUUUGCACCAACUAGGAUAGAAUCAACGCAUGCGACAAUGCUGCACAAUCACCUCAUGCGUGGCUGACUGCAGCUCUGAGACCCCAGCCUCACGGCCUGUCAGACAUCCCACAUGCUGGAGUCAUUGCCCCACCAGGGGGAAGGGGGGAGAAGAAAUGCAUACUAGUCCUCAAUACCUCUCCACCCCCACCUCAGCAGGCUGGGCAUAACCAAGGGUUGUGGGGACUGGUCACAAGCAGCUGCCCCCCAAGGGCUGGAGAGAGGAGUCCAAAUUCCUCUCGCCCCGCGAUCCCACAAGGAAGCACACAGGAGGCUGAUAUUUUUGAUGCAGAGAGAGGCCAUCAGUCAGCCAUGCGCCAUGGCUGGGGAGUGCAUGUUGCAGUAGGUAGGCAUGGGUCCUGCCUUACAUUCAUUUAGCCAAAUUCACUGUAGUCUUUUGUUCAUUUAGCCCAGGCUCCACUUUGCCUCCUAACAUGGGGUCCAAGCCCCAAACACAAUGGUUCCCACCUAGCCAUGGCUGGGCUUGACUGAAAGGGACACCAACCCUCUCUAGCCCCUUCUGCACCCAGCGCAAUGGCCUCUAUUUAGUCCAGGGCAAAUGCUGGUGGGCCAGAAAGAAAGCGGUUUCUGUGCCGUCAAUGUCAUUUCUACACAAUCAUCCUUGUUCCUCCCCCACUUUCCAUUAUCCAGCCUUCAGGCCCAGCCCUGCUGGUGAUGG